AUGGGUUUUUUCUCGUCCAGACGGCCAGACGACUCGGACGAGUUCGAUGCCGCCCACGAAAGGCCCGUCGUCCAGAUCAUCCGCUCCAGAUUCUAUGGAAAGGGAAAGUCUAAACAGGACCCGCAGCCGUCCUCUUCCUCUUCCUCUUCAUCCUCCUCUUCGCCUCUCGACCACAAACCUUCCAUCUCCCGUCCUCGAGCACUCCACCCCCUACCCCCCUCUCCUCUCUCCCGCCCGUCCGCAGAGAGAGUGGCCCCACAACCAACAAAUGUUUCCUCCACAGAUGCCAUUACCAUGGUCUUAGCCCAACGUCUUAAUGAACUGGCCACCGCCAAUGCGGAAGGCCUGCUCGAUGACGAUGAGUAUCGGCUCUUACGACAGAAUCUUUUUGAACGCCUCGCCAACGGCACCUCCGUCCCUUCAGAAGCCCCCGUAGUUCCCAUCUCGAGCCCGCAUGUUGCGUCUCAUACCGACGAGAAAGCCUAUACACCUGUCUCUCGACCCCCCUCUGUCUCAUCCAGACGAUCUGUCUCUUCUACUAUGUCUGGCAUCUUCCGUAAAGCCACCACUCGAAGGUCGACCUCCGAAAGUACCAAUGGCGACGCCAGCAGCAUCUUCUCCGUCGGAUCUAUAUCUUCGAACAUCAUUCCCCAGCGAUUUUUACCUCGCUCGUUAUCCAGACAAGGCAGCGCCAUGUCUCUUCAGACGGAUGCAUCCAGUGCACAGUACGAUACCAUAUCCGUCUCUUCCCACCAUCAAUCUCCCGGUCGACCACCACUAUCUGUGGACCCAAACGCUACCCCAGUCCUGGGCCUUUCUCGUGCGUCCACCCGCAGCACGAAGAAACUCGGCAAGACCCCUCCUCCAUCUUCAUUUCACGCACGUUCUGUCGCUUCCGAGCCUGCACAUGAGAUAAGCGCGGGCAUCGACAACCCAUUUGACGACGAGAAUCUGCAAUCUUCAAGAGACAUUCGUCGCGAAAUCGAACUCGUCGAAGCGGAGGGUCGGCGACUCAUGGAUGCUUUCAAUGGUCUUGAGCUGAGCACGUUGACGCGACGACAGCCACGUCCCGGCCAUCUCACACCCACAACCUCAGCCUCUCAUCUGUCUACCUUCUCUGACAGGCCAGACUCGAUAUGGACUCAGAUUCCGGAUCGAAGAUCUGGGCGGAGUGGUCCAGACAGCGACGUCGUCUCUAUUCGUUCGACUGGUUCGAAUGCCACCAGCCUUUCCGUCUCACGCUCCCCAAAUCGAGCAUGGCCUCCGCCAGUCUCUCAACCAGUGUCGCUCGGCCGAAAGUCUUCGUUCUCGUCCAUGUCAUCAAGAGGUCGAAAUCCGUCGAGUCCGGCCCCUCCCGUUCCUCCCAUGCCUCUUGGCUUAGGUCGCCUCGGUGUUGGCAGCACCUCCAGUGUCAAUCUAGCUCGGAGCGCGACCCAUCUUCCUCUCCCACCAGUCGCAGAAGGUGAUGGGCGCGAGUCGUUGGAUACGACUCACCCGUCAGGAUCCCAAUUGUAUGGGCGACCGUUGACGAUAGUUUCCUCCGGCUCGCGAGAUGUUGCAGAUGAUUCGGAAAUCGCCGCGUUGGAGGUGGAAAUGACGGAUAUUCGACGUCGGCGUACGGAGGUGGUGGGUCGGUACGAGGAGCGUUUGGAGUACUUGCGGGCCAAGCUCAAAGGUGCUGAGUUGCAUGAGAAACUCCUUCGACGGUAG